UGAAAACGACUCGGGACGAAAAAUUUAUAUAGCAUAGGUGAAUCUGCUGUUUGACAACGCCAUCUGGCUGAAGGGAACGGAAGUGCAGGCACCAGGAAGGGUUGCAUGAAUGCAGCACAGACAACAACCAUCUAGAAUAUGGCUGCAUACAUAAGGUCACCCGCCUUCAUCAGAAGAUGGCUACAACGAGGGAGGAGGAAGGUUCAGGAGUAUAAGUACAUCAUGGUCCUCACUUUUAAGUCACUGUUCUGCAAUGCCUUCCUGUCCCCAUGGGUGAUGUGGGAUACCCUAAUGGAGCCUCUUCUAUGGUUUGUGGAAAAGGUGGUCAAGGCAUUCGGCCCUGUGUUUGUAUUCGUGGUUGUUUCACUGGUCCUGAGUGUGAUAGGCAUCGCCUGGCUGGUGUUUUUCCCCAUCAUGCGAGAACGUAGCUACGUGACCUUGACCUUUCAUCUCUUCUUCGGUAACUGGCUGGCGGUCAACGUCCUCUUCCACUACUUCAAGGCCCUACUGACAUCUCCGGGAAAGCCUCCUUCGGGUGACAGGUUGAACACAGAGGUCACCACCGUGUGUAAAAAGUGCAUCUCACCCAAGCCUCCGCGCACACACCACUGCAGUGUCUGUAAAUGCUGUGUCUUGAAGAUGGAUCAUCACUGUCCAUGGCUGAACAACUGUGUUGGACAUUACAACCACCGCUACUUCUUCCUCUUCUGUGUCUACAUCUUUGUGGGAUGCUGCUAUGUCUGCUACAGCACAUACGACGUCUUCUUAGACCACUUCCAUAACUCUGAGAAAUACCUUUUCAGUGGCAAGUUUUCCCUGCUGUCACCACUGGAUAGUAUCCAAGCUGCUGCAUUACAGUUACGGCAGCCCCAGGGCCAGGACACCGCAGCAUCAGAGUUCUCCUACCCAGCCAACCAGACAUUUGUGCAGGAGCCAGUCACCAUGUGGGAAAGGGCUCAGCACAACCUCAUUAUCUACCUCUUCUUUCUGUGCAGUGGUGCAGGUGCUGCUGUAGGGGGCCUGUCUGUAUGGCAUGCCAGACUCAUCACACAUGGACAAACCAGUAUAGAGGUCCACAUCAACAAGAAAGAAAGUAAAAGGGCUCAAAAGAAGGGGCAGGUGUUCAGAAACCCUUACGACUACGGCCCCAGGAAAAACUGGAAAAUGUUUCUAGGUUUGACAAAUGGCAGGUCUUGGAGACAUGUUUUAUUCCCAUCUUCACAUCCACCAAUGGGAGACGGGCUUACAUGGCACAAUCCACAAGACUACGGCAGAAGGGUGCUACCAAUCUGAA